UAAACAAUCUGUUUUACUAUAUUGUUAUAUCAGUUAACGUUACUUAACUUUAUAGUUAAUCGUCGUCAAUUUUAUUUUAACAUGAUGGCUGUGAGUGCGUCUUUUGAACGUAAUGUGUCCUUACUAUCCCAAGUAAUUUCGCCUAGCGAUGAAUUUAAGAAAUAUUUUCGCAAGAAUAUGUUCAGUAAACCUAAUACAGCAGGUUUCUUACACGUAUCUCAUUAUUUGUUAACUAUAUAUGAUUCAAAACGUUUUAAAACCCUGUGCGAAUGGCCAGUGGUUUGUAAAAAGACAGAAGCACAAUAUCGUAACAACGUCAAAAGUUUUUUACAAGUUAUAUCUACAGAGAAUCCAGAUAUCGGUUUUCCAAACAUACUCGCAUCUCAUUUGAUUCAUGCAGGUGGAAAUAAGUUUACGAUCAUCAUGUGGAAACUGUCACAAGUGGCGUUAAGAAAAUAUUUAAUUACUUCGCAAACUGCCUAUAAUAUUAUUUCUGUACCGCAAGUAGCAGUCGAAGGAAGUUUAGGGAAAAAAUUUUUACAGAAGGCUAAUAAAAAACUUGUCGCUAAUAUUUUAAAUAAACAAAAAAAUUUGUCAAAAAUGAUGACAAAGGCUAAAACUGUAUUAGAGAACGAGAGGAAAGUAUUAAGUACCGUUACAACAAACAUUUUUGAAAAAAAACAACUGCUCGCAACUCUUUCGUCCGUUGCUCCUGUUCAUCCGUUGAUAAAGGAACACAUUAUAGAUCCGAACAACGAAGAGGCAAUAGAAAUGUGGACGAUCCAUAUAAAUGAUGGUUUGUACUACCUGAAGAAUAAAAAUAUGACUUUAAAAAAUACAAAAGAACUCAGCUGCAAAGUAAACGACAUAAUACCAAACAGGAGCGGCGAUGCGAAUAUUUCAGACGUAAACCAAUUCCGAAAGAUAAAUUAUUUAGAAAUUUCGGAAUCAUUUUCUCACGAGAUACAAUGUAUCUUAUACCAAUUGUACAAAGAUGACAAAUUGGUAUUUCGUAAUUUUGUUUUACUAUUCAAUUUACUGUUAACUGAAUUGUUGCGACAAUUGAAAUCAAACCCACCGGAAAGCUUCUCGGACUGUUUAUUGCAAGUAGAAGCUAGUUGCGAGGAUAUGACGAAAGCGUCAAAUAUUUUCGAAACGUAUUUGUCAGAUGUCGGAAAAAUGUUGUCGGAGAAAAAAGAUACUUUACGAGAAAAGAAUACGGUAAAGGCUUACAACGAUACCGUACUACCUGCAGGGGCUAGUAUGCUUUUAAUGUCAUCGCCUACCAUAAAAAUUAAUACCGAUUGUAGCGACGAAGAGAGUGACCUGCGGAAAAGAGUACAAUUUACUCCAGUGGAAGGCACGCACAAACCAUUAUUUUCGAGGUACGAACGUUUAAAGAAAAAUGAUACCUCGCACGAAUCAGCAUUGAGAGUUAAACAAAAUUUAGCACCUCGGAUUGAUUUUGAUGAUACGAUGUUGUCCACGAACAACGAGGGACCAUCUUUACAUACAUUUUCAAUGUCGUAUAAAAAACGUUUACCAACCUUCAAAAACUCGGAAAAAUAUUCCCGAUUAUUUUCUACUUGUACAAAAAGAAAUAACAAAGCAGCAAAUUCAAGCAUAAUGUCUAUACCGUGUUCAUCGAAAGCGAACUCGACUACAAUUUCAAACGCGAUUGAAGAAAUACGUGACCUUUCGGAACUCAGCGUUAACAUUUCUGCGAAAAGUCUUUGCGAUGUUAGUAUAAAAAUUACUACUCCGAAGAAACUGAUUAACGAAGAGGAGGAAGAUAAACAUGAACAUUCGUCCGAAAUGGAGGAUGUGAUAAAUGCCCUUCCAAAUGAUCUUAAUAUGAUGCAUAUAUGCGAAACAAUAGAAACGGAAAUUAAGAACGAUUGCAACAAUGAUACCGUAGAAAUGGAAUCUAAAAAACAUAGCAGACAUUCGAUCAGUGACUUAGUUGAACGUUACAAAAAAAUACUCGAACGCAGCAAUCGUACACCCGAGUCCUAAAAUCAGUUACACGACCUGUAAGAACAACGUUUAAUUUUAUUUAAUCAAGAA